UCACGGUGGCAAAAGUAACGGCCUGGAUUGCUACCACUCCGGGCACACAUACACCACCAAAUGCAAAUUUAAUUUUAACUUCUAGGUUAUGUUUCCAUAAAUAAACUCGUUAUGGCCAGAAGUCGAUUAGAAAAAAUCGGAACGAUUUACAGCAGAACUAAAGGUUUACUCCAAUCAACUGCCAUACAUUGGGACGAUAGGCCACUUUGGUAUGACUUAUACGAAGCCUUUCCCCCAUUGGAGGAGCCCCGUUUCGACAGACCCGCGCCGAACAUUACUUUAAAGAAGAUCUUCUACGAGGAGGACAAAAUUAGAGCUUUACUACAUAAUAGGAAUAAAUUCGUCGGCACUACAAAUAUGUUCAAUAAUAAAUCGCAGACUCUCACUAGACGUUUCAUCGAAACAUAUAAAAGAUUAGAUGAACAGUAUAACGGAAGUGCUUCGGAAGAUGUUUUAUAUUCAGAAACAAUUCAAUUUUUAAAGCAAGAGAGAAAUAAACCUGAAGAAAGCGAGCCUGUUAGUUUAGUUCAAUCGUUUACCGAUGCGGAACGUAGUUCUAAUGUUGGCGUUAAAGUUAGCGAUCUGUUUAAAAACUAAACGGGUACGAUGUUUUUGUAGUAAUUUGUAAAUAUAAGUUUAUUAGGUAUCA